AUGGGAGUUCCAGCAUUUUUUCGUUGGUUAACAAAAAAAUAUCCAUCCAUUAUUGUUAAUUGUAUUGAAGAUAAUUCUUCAACAGAUGCUCAAAGUGUUUAUCAUCCAUUAGAUGAAACACGUCCGAAUCCGAAUGGAAUUGAAUUUGAUAAUCUUUAUUUAGAUAUGAAUGGAAUAAUUCAUCCAUGUACACAUCCUGAAGAUCGUCCACCACCAGAAAACGAAGAUGAAAUGAUGAUAUUAAUAUUUGAAUGUAUUGAUCGUUUAUUUUCGAUUGUUCGUCCACGUAAACUACUUUAUAUGGCUAUUGAUGGUGUUGCACCACGAGCUAAAAUGAAUCAACAACGUUCAAGACGUUUUCGAGCAUCCAAAGAUACAAUUGAUAAAAGUGAACAAAUGAAAAAAAUUAUAAAUGAAAUACGUUCGAAUGGUGGUCUUGUACCCGAAGAUAAAAAUCAACAAGAAAAAACUGAACAUUUCGAUUCAAAUUGUAUUACACCAGGUACACCAUUUAUGUCAAAAUUAGCUGAUUAUCUUCGUUAUUAUAUAAGACAUCGAAUGAAUACAAAUCCAGCUUGGCGUUCAAUAAAAGUUAUUCUAUCAGAUGCAAAUGUUCCUGGUGAAGGUGAACAUAAAAUAAUGGAUUAUAUUCGUCGACAACGUGCACAACCAGAUCAUAAUCCAAAUACCCAUCAUGUUUUCUGUGGUGCUGAUGCUGAUUUAAUUAUGCUUGGUUUAGCAACACAUGAACCGUAUUUUACAAUAAUACGUGAAGAAUUUAAACAAAAUAAACCACGUCCAUGUGAUAUAUGUGGACAAUUAGGACAUGAUAUGAAAGAAUGUAAAGGUAUUUCGAAAGAAAAAUUUGCCAAAUGUAAUGAAUUAACAUCAGAAAUAAAUUAUGUUGAAACUCGAUAUAUAUUUGUACGACUUUCUAUAUUGCGUGAAUAUCUUUAUCGAGAUUUAAAAAUUGAUUAUCAAUUACCAUUUCAAUGGAAUCUUGAACGUGCUAUUGAUGAUUGGGUAUUUAUGUGUUUUUUUGUUGGAAAUGAUUUUCUACCACAUUUGCCAUCACUUGAAAUACGUGAAAAUGCUAUUGAUCAUCUUAUACGUAUAUAUAAAGAAAAUAUACCAAAAUUUCAAGGUUAUUUAACAGAAAAUGGUAUACCAAAUAUGGAAUGUGUUGAAAUUAUUUUAACAAGUGUUGGUAAAAUGGAAGAUGAAAUAUUUAUGAAACGACAUGAAAAUGAUCAACAACAACGACAACGUGAACGAAAUCGUUCAAAUAAUUAUCAACCACCAAAUAAACGGUUUAGAUCGACAACAAACCGAAAUGAACCUAUCUGGAUGUCAACUUCUCAACUAGAGCAACAAAUAAGUGGUCAACAAUCUAAUUUACAUAUUAGUAAUCCGACUCAAACUAAUAUGCAAUCACGUCAAGUGCAAUGCAUUAAUUUUUCAUCUAAUAAUCGAAGUCGAAAACGUCGUUAUGACGAAAUGGAAGAAGAUACACUUGAUACUCGAAUAGUCAAUCGGCAAGAUUCAGUUUGUGGUGAAGAAGAAGAAGAAGAUAAUGAUCCAAAUGAUACGGUUCGACUUUGGGAAGAAGGUUGGCGUGAAAGAUAUUAUAAAAAUAAAUUUAAGGUUAAGAAAAAGAAUUUGGACAAAUUUCGUAUACAAGUUGCACAAAAUUAUGCUCGAGGUUUAUGUUGGGUUCUUCAAUAUUAUUAUCAAGGUGUACCAGCAUGGGAUUGGUAUUUUCCUUAUCACUAUGCACCAUUUGCAUCUGAUUUUCUACAACUUAAAGAUAUACCAGUAUUUUUUGAUAAAAAAACUAAACCAUUUAAACCAUUAGAACAAUUAAUGGCUGUAUUUCCAUCACAAUCUCGAAAACUUCUACCUAUUGAAUGGCAAUCUUUAAUGAUAGAAAAAAAAUCUCCCAUAAUUGAUUUUUAUCCAUUAAAUUUUUGUGUUGAUCUUAAUGGUAAACGUUAUGAAUGGCAAGGCGUUGCUUUAUUACCAUUUGUUGAUGAGAAACGUUUACAUCGUACACUUGAACAUGUUUAUUCAACAUUAACGGAUGAAGAGAAGAAACGUAAUAAACGUGGUUAUGAUCGUUUAUAUAUUCAUUCAAGCAAUUCAUGUUAUGAGUAUUUCAAACAAUUAUAUGUUCAAAAUGAACAUCAAGUAACAAGAAAAUAUCCGCUUGAAAUACCUACAAAUUUAAGUGGAGGUAUGGCUGGACGUAUAUGGCCUGAUGAUGAACAAAUACAAUCUAUUGGAGAGCAAAUUAAAGCACCAUUAUCUAACUGUGAAGAUAUAGUUAAUAAUCAAGUUAUUUGUGUUAAAUGUCGAAAUUUAUCAUUUGAUGAUGAUUAUGUAUUUAAAGCAAAACUACUUGAGAAUGUUUCAAUGCCACCAGCAGUAUUAAAACCUCACGAUUACAAUAAAAUGACACGUUAUCAAUCAAAUCUAGAUUUUUCACAACGGCCACAAUAUCAAAAAGAUUUUGUACGAUCUUAA